AUGGCCUCAAAAAUUGUCGCCUUUGCUCUGAUUUCUCUUGUUUACGGUAUUUGUCCACCGGGAGCGCUGUAUAAUGCGCAGACUGGGAAAUGCUAUUUCUACAAUAAUGGAGCCACUGACAUCAGCUAUGCCGAGCGAAUGUGCUCGUCGAUUGGGGGAAGACUGGUGAGAGUGAAGGAUGCCUUUGAGAACGCCGUUUUGAGCAACGAGGCCACCACUCACAUUGAUGGUCAAAACGCGUACAUCGGCUUGAGACGGUACAUCCCAUUUGGUGGCCCAACCGAUUGGGUUUGGUCCGACAAUCAACCGAUCACUUAUCAAAAAUGGGCACCAGGAGAGCCACAAUCGCAAAAUGGUUGUGCUUACGUCUACACAGUGAGCCAGUAUUGGUUCUCGGUGGAUUGUGCGACGGUGUUGCCAUCGAUUUGCGAGAUGCAAGUGAAUGGAACGAUUGAUGCCACUUCGACAAGUGCUCCAUUGGUUGUGUCGACAAGAGCUGCGGAUACAACAACUGUCACAACUACGACAACCACCACUACAACGACAACGACAACAACGACAAGAACUACCACAACAACUGGUGCCGUUAACCCAUUCUCCCCACUCCCUACCUCGUGGAUCUACUUCGACCAGACGGAUUCAUUCUAUUAUUUCGGAGAGAAUAAAACCUACGAUGAAGGCGAGGAUUUCUGCGAGUCUCGAAACGCUCAUCUCACCUCGGUUUUGAGCAAAGCUGAGGGAGACUUUUUGGCAAGUCAAGCUCUCCGCGGCUGUGUUGGACCAAUCGGUGGCCCGGUUGAGGGUUACAUUUUGACGGGUGGCACAUAUUACAAAGAGAAUAAUGGAGUUGAUUGGGUCGACGGAAAGAAAAGCAAUUUCAGAGGGAGCAUUUGUGCGAAUAAUGGUGGUGGUCGAGUAGCGAUCGUUGCCCUAACCCCUUCAUGUUCUGGUUGUCGUCCAGGCACAUGGGCUUAUCCGAAAAACAGUUAUGAUCAAGCGACUUUCCCACUUUUUGCUUGCAAGAAAACGGCCGAAUCAAUGAAGCUGGAACUCUUGAAAGAAAGAUUUAUGUUUGCCAAGAAU